UAUCAACUUAAUUUUCAAAGCUUUAACUUUAACCUAGAAAAAAUAAUCAAAUGAAUUCUCAAAAGAACAAGCAAGUAAUUGGCGGAUGUGGAAUUUAUUAUUAUGCUAAAAAUUGACUAUAAAAGGCAAAACAAUGAUAACCUAGGUAAAUUAAAAAGUGGAGGUCACAAUUUUGACAAUGAAACUACCAUACCCGAUUUUCGGGUGUUUCCAGGCAAUACCAAAGUGCCUACUGUAUAUUAACAGUUUUUGAUAAAGUGGUAUUUUCAUUAAAAAUUACCCAAGCUCUGCCUUUUUUAAAACUAUAUUGUUUAUAUUAUCGGGAAAUCAUAAAAAAAAAUUUUGUCUAAUAUUUAAAGACGAAUCCCUUAUCUAAUUUUAUGUCUUAAAUUCUUAUGUAGUGUUAGAUCUAUUCUCAAUUGCAUAAAAAUUUCCCAUGCCCCUAAACACAUUUAGGACAUAUUAUUAUCAAAAUAUAAGGACAUAAUUGUCAUAAUUAAAAGAGAAUCUGAACCAAUAUUUGUUCACACCCCUGAACUGUAUUAUUGGGAAAUAAAAAAAAUAUAUAUGCCUAUAUCUAAUUUUUAAAUAUUAAAUUUUCACUCCUAUCAAAUUAUUGAGUUUUUAUAUAUUGUUAUCCACAUAAAAAUAUGCCCACUCUGGAACUGCGUAUUUUGAAAAAUGGAACAGUAAUGAAAUCAAAGAAAAUCUUUUAUGCAAAAUGCACUCUCACAAUGAAGUUAAUAUUUAAACUACUAUAAUUUUAAAAUUUAAUUUGUUUUCAAAUUAAAAAUAGUAAAGAUAAUAUUACUAUUACUAUGUCAAUCAAAAUUUAUUAGUAUUAUUAGACACUUGGCGAAAACCAGAAAUUUGGGUUCCAUAUUUUUGCAGUCAAAAUUUUAUAAAAAUAUUUUAACUCACACAUUCAGACACACUCUUAAAAUAAUCUUUAAUUAUUAUAUUUAAUUUAUUUACAAUUUAGAAUAAAUAUAUUUUCACAGUAAAGAUUACAUAUAUUUACAAAUUAAAAUAAUUAUUUUAACAAAUUUAAAUGGAUUCAAUCUUGGUUUUAAUUAUUUUUUUUUAAUCGUUUUUAAGAAAUCUUCUUAGUGCAUGAAUUAUAGCAUGACAUUAUGUUCAGAUUGAACCUUAUUAAGUUAGGAUAUUUGCAUUUUAUUUACAGGUAAAACAAUAAAGUAAAGCUUUGAUAAAAAAAGUAACAAGGCUUUUACAAGGCACCCCUGUUUUAAGUUUUGUCAUGACGUUAGACACCUCACAUCCAUAUGCAAUUUUAGCUAUUGCAGGCUCAUUUGUGCAUAUACUAGAAAUUAACACAUAUUCCUCAGUGAGUAGGUUUUUGUUUUUUCUGGGUUUUUUUUCUGUUUUUUUUUUUUUUGGUUAUUCAUUUUAAGCUGUAUCAUCUUUCACCACAAAUGCACUGUAUGGGGCUAAUAUAAGUAUUAUGACCUUAUAAUUUAAAAUAAAUAUUGAAAUGUUACAUAUAAACAUUAUAAUAAUUAUGACGCACUAGAAAUUGAUAUGACAUCGAUAAUGGAAAUCUUAAUCUCCUAAAAUUCUAUUGCCCUUUUUGUUAACAAUUUAAAAAAUAAAUUAAAAUACAAAAACUAUACAUUUGAUUUAGCAUUGAUCUUAACUAUGCUCUUUUAGAAAACUGUGAUGUUCAGCAAAUUAAUCUGACAUGCAUUUAAAUUUUUCUAUAAGGUUAUCUUUGAAGCCCCAUGUUUAGUGACAGCUGUGGCCUUGUCUACAGAAAGAAACAAUGUCAGCACCUGUGCAUACAUAACCACAAUAAAUAACAAGCUCUGGCGAGUUCAGAUAGUCACAGACAGCCAAAAAUCAAUCAGGUUUGUUCAGAUAACAUUAAUUAAUACUCCGGACAGUCUGAGUAGCUUUUUGUUAAAUAUGUUAAAUUGAUUUAUUAUUUGGGUUCUAAAAAUCAUAACUUUCUUUCAUUUACCUUUUUUCUUUGAAGCAAAACAAAAGAAGUCAAAAAGCAAGAUGAGGCACCAAGUAAAGCAAAUGAAAUGGAGGUUGAUGAUAUUUUUGGGGAACUUCUCAGCGAGCCAAAAUCUAAGAAGGCUAAAAUGAAUGAUUCUUCUAACACCAAUCUCCAUUACUCAGUACAUUCAAAUACAAGAAACAUUGCCAUUAAGGACGAGAAUUUGAUAUUCGAAUCAGAAAGUUCUAUUCUCGACUUAAAUGCGUUUAAUGAUGUGCUGACAUUGAUUAUAAGAGAUGCAGACACAAUCAGACUUUUACUUUUAAAGUUAGAAAACAAGGUAGAUGUAAAACAAAAGGGCAGACAAAUGGUUCAAAUAUUGCAAGAUGUACCUACAGGUUUAAAAGCAGACAUUUUUCCUGGUAAUUAUUUUCACACAUUAAAUUAAACUCAUCAGAGGAAAUUUAAAUGAAUAAUUCAGAAAAAAAAUUGUAACAUUUAUUGUUGGGAAUGUCAAAAUAAACUUCAAUCUGUCAGAGGCAUCCAUAUUUCAUGAUAUGCACAGAUUACUAAAAGUAUGUUUGAGAAAAAAUUCACAAUGUAAAUAGUAUGUCUAAGUCUUAUCUUAAUGUGCAUUUUUUGUUAUCUAUUUUAACAGUUUUAGAAUAUUUUUAUGUGCAUUUUUUACAAAUAAAUAACCUUAUGUCAAUAUUACUAUUUGUUUCAAAGAAAACAUUUUAAAGAAAAAAAAGAUACUCUACAUCGUGACACAGCAAGAUUUGGAAUCUACUACAUCAGCUCCACUUUCACAAACUUCAUCAACACCAGAUUUGAUGAGUGUACCAAAGACACUGUUUAUAUCUUUAUUUGGCCGUGAAGCUUGCAUCCUCAAUUCACCUGUUCUACUUCUUUGCUGCAACAAUGGCCUAGUUUAUUCAUAUGCCCUGAAAUCAACAAAAUCAUGUUCCCAAUCAAGACUUGCAAUAACCUGUCAGUUGAACUCAGACAUUGUUGGGGUGUUUUCAGUUUCGGUCACUUGGCCAGAAUCUAGUACUGACCUAAACCAGGAUGUUGUGUCUGCACUAGCUAGCGCCUUACAAAACUUUGAGCCACAGCACAGAAAUAUCAAAGACUCUGGGCGGGGUCUCCUGUUUUGCAGUGCUUCAGGUACAAUUAUAUUUUACUACUUUUUAAGCAUGAUUAAAUUAAAUAACGAUUAAUUGUAUUCAGUUAUCUCUUACAUUUUAAUGGUUUAAUUUUAUAUUAAGUAGGUUUAUAAAUUAAGGUUUUACUUCCUUAUUAAAUUGAUUUAAAAUUUAUUUAUAAAGUUUACUGUCUCAUAUUAUUAAAAUUAAGACAAGUUUUGAUAACUUAAUUAAAGGUGAUAAUUAAAAGUCAAAUGAAUGGGAUAAUGCUAAUAGCCAGAGUUAAAAAAAGAACUUUGCUUUAUUGAUGCAUUGCUUACAAAAAAAUAAAUAUUGAAAAACGUUCAUCCUAUUUCGUGUUUAAAUGUUAUUUUCAGCUUGAUUGAAGAAGUCCCUUGAUCUUCUUCUUCUAUAGAUUAAGGGCCCACGAUCAAUUUAUUGAUCAUUUUGGCUCCUAUAAUAAUAAUAUCUAAUAACAAUAUCUUUGUUCUCUCUUUAGGUGAAUGUUGUCUUUGUCUACCACCAAAUCGCAACAGUCAGGCUCCAUUUAUAUUAAUGUUUUCCAUUGCUCAGCCAACAGUAUCCUGUCUUGUCCAUGAUAACCUCUUGAUUUACAGUACAGGCAAAUGUGUUGAGGCAUGUGAAGUCAAGCUGACUAAUGAGCAAGGCAGAGGGUCAGUUUCAGUAAAACCAGUCUUCAGGACUCUUUUAAAGUGUGCAAAAAUUCUAAAGUUAAUUGCCUAUGACAGGAAAGAUCCCAAUGGUAAAGUGUAAUUGAAUCUCACACUAACUCAUUUAAAUAAGCUCCUUAUUUAUUUCAAAGAAAUCUUGGUUCGUAUUUUGUUUCUUGUUAACUGCUAAAGAAAAUUUUGGUGUUAAGUUGUGGGGAGGAAUUGUAGGGGUUCUAUUUAUUAAUUAUUUUUUUAUUUUUCAGAAAUCAAGUACUGUAAACUGUAAUAAAAUCAAUAACUCCAACUCUGUUUAGGAUAUAUAUGAGUAUGAGGCAAAAAUUGAUAACAAAGAAUCUUUGAUCUUUCAUUAGUAAUGCCUCACCCUAUUUGGUUUUACUUUGUGCCUUUAAACUGUUACCGCAGUAAAACUCAUGUGUUAGACAAAUAAUUAUUUCUAAAAAGCGUUGGCUUGUAGCUGUUAGGAAUAUUUGUUUAAAAAGCAGUUUUUAAUCUUUUACCAAUUUUGAUUAUCAAUGAUUAAAACCUGCUUGAUAAUCAAAAUUGGUAAAAGAAAUGUUUAAAUUCAAGUUUUUGUGUUGAAUUUUAUAAAAGUGUAUAAAGGAAACUUGAAAAAUAAUCAGUUGCCUUAAACAUUCUAUUAAAAUAUUUGAAAUCCUUAUUUUUCAACAAUAUUUCCAUAUCUUUAUCAUUAUUUUUAUUUUUUGGCCUUGUCAUAUCCCAGUAGUCCCAGUGGAGCUUAGUUCAUUUACGAACUCUUUCCUAACCUCCCUAUCUCCAAUCUGUUCUGUUCUGGUUCUGGCAGGGUGCAUUGCUAAAUCCAUGUAUUGGCAUAUCUGCAACGGUUGGGGAAGUGAUGCUGCUAUCCUAACGGCUUCUAGCGGAUGCCAGGGCAGCCUUAAAGCUCUUGAUUGACGUCGAGUCCACGGCGGCAUUGUCUAGCUUGUUCCAAGCGAUUAUUGUGUGAGGGAAUAAUGAUUGUUUAUGUUGGACUGUGUUACAAUCUUUUCAAACUCUCUUCAGGCCCCCGCAUUGCUCACUGGUUGAUACUUAUUAAACAUUCUCUUUAAAUUUUAACUCAUCAGUGUUAGCUGCAUUGAAUACAAAAAUAUUCCUUGUUUCCAUAGGUGAAUUUAUUACUGGAAUUACAUCUAACUUUGAGGCCACUCAGAUUCCUGUUUGCACAUCUGACUCUGUAUUGCACACAGAUGGAUCAAACACUGACAGCUUCUCGGGAAUACUUAAGAGCAUAGAUGCCUGCUCUGAGAAGCUGAGAGCUGCCAAAGAAAAGUCAGAGCGGCUGGAUGCCUUCAUGCUGCAAAUGAACAUUUUCACAAGUUUGCAGCUGGCCACUGAGGUAGCUAAACACUUACAGCCCGGCACUGUCGACUUCUCAACAUUCAUUAGCCCUGCUGCAUCUAUGAUUGAAUGCAGGUGUAGCGUGUCCUCUUUUAAGAAUGGCUACUUACAAGAAUGGCAGCUCAAAGUGGAGCUUGAGAACAAAAGCACAGUUUGCGUGUCCAGUGAUUGGAGCGUGGUCAUCACACUAAAGGACAUUCAGUCUAACUGUCAUGCUCAAACAGGCUCCAACAGAUUGACACGGACAAACACCUUUCCUUUAGCAAAGGGUCUUAGAUCAAAAUCUCAUUUAGUUUUUCAUAUUCCACUUAAAAGUAUUAUUAGAGGUCAUACCAACCCAGCAUUUCAGGUUUCAGUGAGUUUAGUUUUGAAUUUUGGGAACAAAAUCAUAACAGAAUGUGUAUCAGUAUCAGGAGAGAUGUUUCAGAAGUGUCACAUUGUGGAGCUGCACAGCAAUAACUUUGAUGUCCUAAACUUCCUUCACAAAAUGAAUGAUGAGGAGAAUGACAAGGAUUGUCCAGGUAAAUCAAACUUGUACCAGUCAAGUGAUUUUCACCUGCUCAGAGAAAUCAACCUGUUGGCUCAGUCCCGGGUCAAGCCUGGGGCUGAAACCCACCCACCUUUGGAGCAGCCGCAAAGUCUUACUGUUUCGCUUCCUGUAACAUCUGUUGCUGGUAAGUUUUAUUUUCCUGAAUACACUGCUAAUUUUGAAUCUUGUGCAUUAGUUUUGGAAUCAUUGGUGAGUGAUUUUUAAAACACAUUUAAUUUGCAGGAUACUUCUCUGAAACCUUGCAAUAAUGGAUUAAUACUCUGCUAUAUAAACAUGGCAUCAUGGUCUAAUUAAUUUUGCCACAAAGUCAUCUUCAAUUGUUUUAGAUAUUACCAUUCCAUUUUUAAGCAAAAUUAUUAUUUUUGAUGUUACCAAACCAUGGAGUUUCAAUUCUAACAAACCAAUAUAUUUAAAUUUUCCAUUUUAAAAUUUAGCACAGGAACACAAUUUGAGCUCUCCACUAGAUGUUCUCAAGUUUUUAAUCGCAGAAGACCAAGAUGUGCUGGUUGCUGACACUCACCACUGCUCCUGUCAGUUUGUGGGGCCAUCAGGUGUUUCUGUGUUAAUGACAGUGUUAGAACCCCAAACUGGUCCAGGAGAGAGGAAUCCAGGAAAAGUAACUGUUGAAAAGUUUGUCAUAACACUUCGAAGUCAUGAUGUCAUUAUAAUCAGUGACAUGAGACUUGCUAUAAAAGAAAGGAUGCAGGUAACAAAAUAAAAUAUUCAGACAGAUUUGUUUGUAAUUUAUUUCAACUUGAAUAUUGAACCUUAGAGAUUUUUAAAAAAAUGUCAGUCCAGUCUACACAUUUUAAUCCGCGAUGGAGAAAUGGAGAACACAUAUUUUAGUUUUACAUGUUUUACAAUGUAAUAGUUAAAUAGAAAUUAUCUGAAUAAAAAAAAAAAGGAAAGGAUAAUAAAAUAAUUUACAACCUCAAGUCUCAAACAUAUAAUAUAACACCUACAUAGUUCACAUUUAUUCUCUGACAAUCAUUCAUUACAUGAGCCAUAGCAAUAUUAUUUAAUUUUAAGUCAUUAUUUUUAAGUAUAGUCUAUCUCAUAUGCAAUAGCGGAUUCUUAUAGAAUAUAUUUGGGAACUAUUUUACCAUCCUUUAGAAUUUUGGGGUUUGUAAAUGUUUGUAAUAUUUUUUUACAAUUUAAAGUCUUAAGAUUAUAAAAUGUAUUUCUCGCUCAGUCAUAAUAUUAUAUAAGUAAUAUUUUUAAAGUAUGACAACAAAUGUUUUUUUUUGUAAAAAGAACCAAAAUCAAAUUUUAAGAUAUAGAGACUUCAAAGAAAAAGUUAAAUAUAUUUUACACACAUUUUUUGACACUAGGAAAUGCUCCCCCGUAGCUUGUGGUGAUUGUUAUCAUGCUGUAGUCCAAGUUUGCAUUUGUCUGUAUUUCUAACUAAACCAUGUUAACACCUGUUAUUUCACUAUACUCGUUCAGAUUCCUCCAGAAAAAAGUAAUCAGCUUUUGCCAAAGUCCAAAGAUGAAAUACAGAAAAUUAUUUCCACCAUGGAGGUAGGUUCAUUUUCGCCCUAUAGAAAUGAUGUUUAAAGGUUUGAUAUUUUGUGCCCGCAUUUCUGAAAUAUCCUUCACAUAGAAAAAAAAAGUUAAAACAAUGAGCUCUAAACUUAAACCUCGUGCUUAGAUAAUUAUGAAACUGCGUAUUAUAGUUUAAUAGUUGAUGACGAUGUACGCGCUCGCGGAGAAAAGCAACUGUGUUUUAACACAGAAUAGUUUAUAACUACCGUAUUUAUCGGCGUAUAACACGCCCCCAUGUAUAACACGCACCUCAAUUUAAGAAGGAAAUUUCAGGAAAAAAAAACAAAGAUUAUAUCGGCGUUUAAAACGCACACAUCAUUUGCCCCCUAUUUUCAGGGAGAAAAAGUGUGUUAUACGCCAAUAAAUACGGUAAUUAGCAAUCAUUUUUUGACAGCUAGCUGCACAUGUUUCAUCAGCAUUACCCAUUUUAAAAGUUUUUAAUGAAAAAUCUUUUUCAAUUUUUGUCACGAGCUUUGAUACAUUAAAAAAUAUUAAUGUAUGUUUACAUAAUUAUAUUGCAGGGCAUCCGGGAAAAUCUUCGCCAAGGUCAGAUCAAAUGUCAUACAGUAAGAACAGAAAAACUGGUCUGUGACAUGUUGAACAAGUUAGAGUUGGGAUUAAAAUUGUAACUGUAUCAAGCCAGUAUUUAAUGUGACAGGAUUUGUAUGACAUUUGUUUAUGCUGAAAUAAAUGAUCUCGGGAUAUGAGGAAAAAAUUG